AUGGCCAAGGACCGGUCUGAUAAAGAGAGAAAGAAGGAGAAGAAGGACAAGAAGCGGUCGGAGACAGAUGGCGUGCACAAGAAGUCUAAGAAGGAUAAAAAGAAGGACACGAGCUUGCUUUCCGAAGCUGUGGAGAAGGAAUUGACGACAACGGUCCUGGAGCAGCUGGAGAAACCCGAUGCUUCCCCAGCGCCUGCUGCUGAGACCGCGUCAAAGAAACCCGCUGCGGAGCGUCCUGUUGGUGCUCUCGUUCCCUUCGCGAACCCGUUAGCGGACGAUAAGUUAGCGAAGAAGGUGCUCAAGAGUGUUAAGAAAGCCGCUGUAAAUAAGUCUCUUAAACGAGGCGUGAAAGAGGUCGUCAAAGCACUCCGGAAAUCGCCUGUACCCGCAGCAAACGCCGUUAUCGACACUCCAAGCGCCGUCGUCGUACUCGCAGCCGAUAUCUCACCUAUGGACGUAAUAUCACAUAUCCCCGUUCUCUGUGAAGAUCAUGGAAUCCCCUAUAUUUACGUCACGUCAAGAGCUGAGUUAGGCAGUGCCGGCGCCACCAAGAGACCGACAAGCGUUGUCAUGGUGCUCCCACGAUCAAGUGCGAAGAUCAAGAGAGACAAGGGUAAGAAGGAUGGCGGCGAUGGUGAGGACAUGGAGUAUUAUGCGGAACUUGUCAGAGUUGCUCAGAAGGAAGCGAAGAAGGUAAAAAUCUAG